UAAAAGGCACUAUAUUAAUGAAAUUUAGAAGUCAGGAUGGACUUUGUGCACAAAAUUUUAAUACGGAACUCUUCAACAUGAAUAAUACAGUCUUACUUUUCGUUCUUAUUGUUCUUGCAGUAGGUGUAAAAGAGUCCAUUCAAGGGAUAUGUACUGACAACUUCUGUUCUAGCACCAAAGACAGCGCUGCUUGUAAUGGAUGUUGUAUUGGUCAGGGAUGUAGUUCUGGUGGAAGAUGCAGUGUAUUGAAUGGAGUAACUGCCUGUCAUUGUGAUAGGUGUACUUCCAUACAAGAACCCCAUUCGACAUGUACAAGCACAUUCUGUUCUAAUGGAAACCUCGAUGAUAACGGAUGUAAAGGUUGUUGUUUAGGUAUGCUAAAUGGUUGUGCCGCCAUCGGAUCUUGCAAUAAUUCACAUUGUAAAUGCAAUAGUUGCGCUAAAAGACAAGGAGCAGGAAAAUAAAAGAGUUCAAGAUUCGUAAAACUGAAAGAGAAGUAAAACUGAAAGAAAUACAAGUUACAUGUAAUAGUUUAAAUAAAAAGAAACAUUUAUAAUAAAGAAAUAACAUGCA